UGUAGGGAUUCAUUUCUGGCUGGGCUUGUAGAGACUGUUUUUACCUUACCUUAUGUUGGCACUUUUGUAGCUUACAUAAGCAAGUUAUCCUUUCACCAGUUACCAGUAGGAGUCAGAGUACUCAGCAAGUUUUCAUGAUAUUUCCUCUCCUCUGAGCCUUGAGCCUGGUCCAGAAACCCUUUAGGGUCGAAUAGCAGCUAGGUUCUGCAAGACCCAACAUUGUUCAGACUCACUCUCUGAAUAGUUGUACCUUCAACGGGCUGUUCCCUACUGCACCCUCACAACCUUGUAUGGCAGUAUCUGUUGAUCUACUUUCAUUUUACUGUGCUCUCUUUGAGCGCUCUUGUGAUGCGAUCAAUGCUCUUGCAUCUGCUCUUAAAACACACUAUUCACGCCGAGGUUUUGAAGUGACUGACUCACGGUGGUAUGACAUCCUUCAGGUUGAAAUCGAACAGCAAGUGGAUGCAGUCCUCCAACGCAGUCGAGACUGUGUGGAAAGUCACCAGUCCCCACCACCGCUUACUGUAAUCAAUGAAGAAAGUUCGACAUCAACUGUCUUACACUUUGGCCGAUGUGCACCACUUAUCGCACAGCGCUGUCCAGCAUGCUUUGGUGGGACACUGUAUGGCAGACCUGUAGAUCAAGGCGGGGACAUACAUGUUGCUACGGAUGGCAAUUUUCAUCAUCACCACCGACGUUCUGCGGGUGACUGUCCUCACUUCUAUGAACCGACUUACUUCCUUUCAAAACAGUCUGUUGAUGCAGUCGGGCGCCGAAUUGAUGCACAAUGCAAGCGACCUCCAAAGCUACGCACAUGCCUUGUGCCUGAUGAAGCUAUUGACCAAUGUGAGAAUGCAUAUGAAGCAGCUGAUGGGAAGAAACAAAAGGCUGCAAUGGACAGCUUUGAUGACACGGGAAUAAUGGCCCUCAUUUGCCGUCAUGAUAUUCCCUUAUUUUUUGCCAACAUCGAUUCUCCCGGAGAGCAGCAGAAGUAUUCAGUAGCACUGAUAGAACACCUGUUCACAUUACUUCCUCCUCAAGCCACAGUUGUUACUCUCUAUGAUGUAGGCUGUGUUCUUGCUCGGUCUCUUUCAAAGUUUGAGAUUCUCCCCCUUGAUAUUGUCUCAUGUCUGCGCUUUGCAACUACGGCUAUGCAUGCCUAUGGUCAUGAAUGGGCCUGUCAGCUGGUGCAUAAUCCACGGAUGUGCAUAGGCCUCAGCUUAUCUGAUGGUGAGGGGACUGAGCAGCUAUGGUCGCAAUUUGUUCACUUGAUUGGUGUAGAAAGGUCAUCAUCGGUGCCCACUGCGAUAGGUUUAGAAAUGAAAGUGGACCUUGGAGACUGGAUCAGACACUUAUUGUUGUUUCUACACCGGGGUAUCAAGGCCCAGAGCUCUGCUGCCCUUGACAUCAUUGAUCGCUGUGAAACAUCUGUGGAGGACCUACAGGCUCAGUGGGCUGACCAGUGA